CCCCGGCAAUUAGGAAUUGCAGUUUGGAGUGUAGCAUGCAAAUGCAAACACCACACAAGCUUAAUUAACCCUACGGUAGCUUAUAGAAGUGCACGCCAGUUGCCUGCUGGUAUGUACACGCAGAGCGGCUAGCGGCGUGUGCUAUAUGUGCAUGGCGUCCUCUGGAGGCGCCGGGAGGGACGUGCCGGCGGAGAAGGCGGCGGCGGCCGUGAACGACCUGAUCGAGGUGCGCGAGGGCGCGGCCAGGCUCAAGAUCUUGCUGCAGGAGCAGUCGUCGGAGUGGACGGAGCUCAUCGACGAUAUGCUGGGUAAGCUGUCGAGCGCUUUGUCGGCGUUGGACACCGGCGGCGCCGCAGCCGGGGCGUCGUCGGCCGACGGGGUGAUCAGGCCGACGGCUGCAGGUGAGAGCUCGGGCGGGAGGACGAGGAGGCGCAUCUCCUACAGAAGAUCGCAACGCUCCUCCGGCAAACGAGUCACUGAUACGUUGGUCGAUGGUCACGUAUGGCGGAAAUAUGGGCAGAAGGAGAUCCAAAACUCACCCCAUCCAAGGAGCUACUACAGGUGCACGCACAAAUCAGACCAAGGCUGCAACGCCAAGAGGCAAGUCCAGGCCUGCGAGGCCGAUCCAUCCAAGUACGCCGUCACGUACUACGGCGAGCACACCUGCAGCGACUACCCAUCCUCCACCGCCCCGAUGAUCAUCGUGGCAGCCGCCGCCGACGAAGACGACGACAACCUUGCGAAUAACCUCGUCAGUUUCGCGCAGACUUUAUCUCCUCAUCAGUUGGCCAAGGAAGAAGGGGUAGUCGCCGCGAGCCGGAUGUCCUCCUCGUGGUGCACCACGAGCGCGGACGACGUGUUCAGCUCCUCGGCCGAUCCGUUCGUGCAGCUGGCGGCCGACGAGCUCGCCGCUGUCGUCGUGGGGUCGGCCGGGAGGACUAGCGACGCUGGCCUGCACGGUGGCGGCGGCGGAACGGCGGCCGGUACGGACAGCUUCGCGACGUCGUCGCCGAGCAGCCUCGGGUUCCGGGUGGGCUCGCUCGGUACCAUCGGAGACGACGACUUUUUCCUGUUCGAUCCAUGAGAUUUCAUAUUCACACAUGGAAUUAAUUCAAACGCCCGUAUGGUGAUUAAUUCCAUCGAUCACAACGUUUACUUGCACCGCAUGAUGCGUCAUGCAUGCAUGCAUGUAUGCCUGCAUGAUUCAUGCGCAUGUGCAGUAUUGUACAUAUAUAUACUUUGAUCCAUUUCUUGAAUUGGGAGCGAAGGAGGACUUUGCCAUCCCCUACUUAUGUGCUCCCUUCAAUCCAUAAUAAGUGUCGGAGAUAGCAUAGAGUGAAAA